AUGACAACUAUACAGAGUCUGGAUACUCUUCCAUUUGAUGUGUUUUACCAGAUCGCGACCUCGCUGGACGAUCGUGACUUCGUGAACCUCAGUCGCACUAGUCGUGCUCUCUAUAUUCUGUCACAAAGCGAACAGAUUGCCCGGAAAACCGUCGAGAAUUUUUUACGUCACAGCAAAGAAGGUCAGGCUGCCCUAGUGGCCCAGUCCGGUUUUCGAAAGGCCGUCGGACAUCGGCUUGCUAUCCAUGAGGCUGUUGCAAUGGCAGACCCUUACUCGGUGGUCUGCGUAGGCUAUGGAGCCGAAUUUCUCUACAACCAGGGCUAUCUGUGCUACCGCUCUGACCAUUGGAUUCGUUUGCUUUACGUGCAUGGUCCUGCGUUCAGGGAGCGUGUCAUGGACCUCCGUGAGGCGAUCCCUCGACUGCUGGAAACAGGUCCCGUAGAGCCCGGUGCAGAAAAUCGGGUUACGCUCUUGAGCUACUGCGAUGAUAUUCUCGUCUUCCGAGUGGCCAAUAUCAAUGCGACCGAAGACGCGUUACUCGCGGUCAAUAUGGCGUGGCGGGAAACCCAUCAAGGCAAGAGACGUUUCCUGCUCUAUGAGGAGAUCCCAGCAGCCGCACCGGCUUUUGCGCGGCACUGUGGAUCUUACAUUUGGUUUGGCACAUUUACUGCUGCCGAUGGUUCGGAUGGUGUAUGGUCUAUCACUGGUAUGGAUCUCGAGUCAGAUGAGUCUAUUGACUUCCCCCUCGACCGAGUGGUCGAUGGUGAUCUUGGGCAAACGUUGUGUUUUGAGAUACAUGAUGAACAUCUCUAUGCAGUUUCGACCCAGGUCGCCGCAGAUGACGAUGAAAUACACUCCUCUUUCUACCAUUGGUUCUGUCACGCCCCUCGUGAAGAUGGCCGCAAAUGGAACGGUCGCUUAUGGCGCCGAGAACACCAAGAAGGCCCGAUUAAUGAGAUGUGGACUGAUCUUUCAAUCCGUAAGGAUGAGACGACUGGCCGGCCAGUCAUACUUGAGUGCCGCCGUGAGUGGCGUGACGGCAAGAGCGAAAACCACCGUACAUACUACACACAGCGACUUCCUACCCCAGAAGAAGCUCUAGCACCUCUUUCAGGAGGCACCUUCGAAACUCCCUCGUGGGUGUCUGUGGAUGAUGACCUUGAGAACGAUCACCCCUAUGAUGAGCGACCUGCAAAGAGGCUGCGGCGGCAUUACCAUGCCGAGUACGAGUCUGGCUCUACCAAGCGACAGGAGUUCAUCGCAGCUCGCACCAAACACAGGGGCUACCAUCUCGGUGCGUCUACCUUUGUCGACAUUGUCAACGACCCUGUCGGUGAUAAUCUACGGUCUCGGGAUAGGAUCCGGUUGCGUACAGUGUCACGCAAGCGCAAAUGUCCCAUUGACGAGGAGGGAAUUGAGGGACCUCCCAACAGCCUGUUCCAGCCCACCCAGGUGGACCAAUAUGGCUGUCCUGUUGAAGGUUCCGAGGAACGCUUCGAGUGUCGUGGCGUGCGGAUGUGGCCUCCAGACGAUGCCCCGCCCGCAUUACAAUCAUUGCUCUGUCCAGGCCAGCGCACUGGAUCUGUGAAAAGUGUUGCAGACGAACGCUCGAUCGUCUACUCGAUCGACGCCCCUGGACUUCCCCCUAAUCAGCAAGCUCUUAUCCUCAUUAGCUUUGAUCCUUAUUUUCGAAUUCCUAUUACGGGGCCUCUUCCCACUGCUACAUGCCCUCCAGAGUACCAGUCUCCCAGGGAACUAUUCCCACCGACGCUGAAGCCACCACCUCCAUAUUUUCCUUCAAACAACUUGGUGGAAGAAGCACCGCCCUUUUACAUGGGUAUCAGACGCGGGUACUACCUGCAUGAGAUAUGA